GGGGGGGUGCCUCCAAGAGGCCAUGUUGAAUGAAUUGAGUGUCUCGUGUGAAGCAGGUCCCGGUGAAGAAGACGGUGCCUCGUGAUCCUGCCCGCACACUCCGGACCCGUCUGACGAUGGCGGCCACAGAUAUAGAUGUUUUCGCUAAUGAGGAGAAGCGGACCUUGGAGCUCGGAGGCCAUGUUGGGUUUGACAGUCUUCCGGACCAGUUGGUUAGCAAGUCGGUCACACAGGGAUUCUGCUUCAACAUCCUCUGUAGUUCUUUUCUUUGCUCAGGGGAGACAGGGAUCGGAAAGUCAACGCUAAUGAACACUCUCUUCAAUACAACGUUUGAGACUGAGGAAGGCAACCAUUAUCGCAAUGAUGUGCAUAUACGUGCCAGAACUUAUGAUCUGCAGGAGAGCAAUGUCAACCUUAAACUGACCAUUGUGGACACCGUUGGGUUUGGAGACCAAAUCAACAGAGAAGAAAGCUAUAAGCCCAUCAUUGACUAUAUCGACACCCAGUUUGAAAAUUAUCUCCAAGAGGAGCUAAAAAUAAAGCGCUCCUUAUUUAACUACCUUGACACAAGAAUACAUAUCUGCCUGUAUUUCAUCACUCCCAAUGGACACUCUCUCAAGUCCCUCGAUCUGAUCACCAUGAAGAAGCUAGACAGCAAGGUCAACAUCAUCCCAAUUAUUGCAAAGGCAGACACAGUAUCCAAAAGUGAACUGCACAAAUUCAAGAUAAAGAUUAUGAGUGAGCUUGUCAGUAAUGGAGUGCAGAUUUAUCAGUUUCCUACAGAGGACGAGGCUGUUUCAGAGAUCAACGCAUCCAUGAAUGCUCAUAUUCCCUUUGCUGUGGUGGGAAGUGUAGAGGAAGUUAAAGUGGGGAAUAAGUUCAUGAGAGCGAGGCUGUAUCCCUGGGGAUCAGUACAAGUGGAGAAUGAAAAUCAUUGUGAUUUUCUAAAGCUGAGGGAGAUGCUGCUCAGAGUCAACAUGGAGGAUCUCAGAGAGCAAACUCACACCAGACAUUAUGAGCUCUACCGGCGAUGCAAGCUGGAGGAGAUGGGGUUCAGGGACACAGACCCAGACUCCCAGCCCUUCAGCCUGCAGGAGAUGUAUGAAGCCAAGAGGAGGGAGUUCCUUGGGGAGUUGCAACGCAAAGAGGAAGAAAUGAGACAAAUGUUUGUCAACAAAGUGAAAGAGACUGAAGCAGAGUUGAAAGACAAAGAAAGAGAGCUCCAUGAGAGGUUCGAGCAGCUCAAGCGGAGACACAUGGAAGAGAAGAGAAGUCUGGAGGAGAAGAGACGAGAUCUGGAGGAGGAGAUGAACGCAUUUAAUAGAAGAAAGGUGGCUGCGGAGACGCUGAUGGGCCAGGCCCUGCAGGGCUGCUCACAACAGCCCUUCAAGAAGGACAAGGACAAGAAAAAUUGAUUUAUGGAACAAACAUCCAGGGAAACCAAGAAUUUGUCUACCAUCAGCAUGGGAAAAAGUGACUGUUAUAUCUGACAUUACUUACUGACAUUGUGUGUGUGGACUCAUUGACACAGUGACAGUGCAUGUAUGUGAGGCAGAGCGAUGUGUCGGUCAUAAGCCACUGUGUACUUAUGGAUCAAAAAGGUAGCUGUGCUCAGUGUAUAUAAUUUGUCCCUGAUGCUGACGCUGCAAGACAUGUGAUAACAAAUCCAUAGACUGUUAUCACAACAUAGCUUGUGUUGUUUUAUGUACUUGUCAUGAAUGUGUGUUCAUCUGCUGCUGGAAUUGUAAGUUGUGGUUUCCUCAUGAAACACUCUUAGUCUUAAUCAACAGAAGAAUGUAGCUAGGGCCUCAAAUACAGACUGUGAACUGACAGUUGUGGGUUAGCAUAUACACUAUAUGGACAAAAGUACUGGGACACAACUCUUAAUCACUGAAUUCAGCUGUUUUAUGUAAUCCUAUUACCACAGGUGUAUAAAAUCAAGCAGCUAGCCAUGCAGUCUGCCUUUACAAACAUUUGUGAAAGAAUGGGUCAAGCUCACUGAAUUUGAGCAUGGUACUGUAAAAAUAAUGUAAUAGGAUGCCACUGUUGCAACAAGUCAGUUUGUGAAAUUUAUUCCCUCCUAGAUAUUCCACAGUCGACUGUAAGUGAUAUUAUUGCACAGCAUCUCAGCCACCAAGUGGCAGACCAUGUAAAGUUGCAGAGCGUGGUCGCCGAGCGCUGAGACACGUAGUACCUAAAAGUGGCCAACGCUCUGCUGACUCAAUAACUGCAGAGCUCCAAACCUCCUGUGGCGCAUGCAAACCUUACAUCACUAAGCACAAUGCCAAGUGUCGGCUGGAGUGGUGUAAAGCACGGCGCCACUGGACUCUGGAGCAGUGGAGUGAUGAA